UCAACCCGGAUGUAAAUUCCCUGAAAACAUUGAACGUUUCCGGUACCUUCUAUCCACAGUUCAGAAAAAAUGGCGGACAUGGACGAGCUUUUCGGGAGUGAUGGAGACAGCGAGAAUGACCAGAGAGAGUCUGCCUCUGGUUCUGGUUCCGGUUCCGACUCUGAGCAGGAGAGACCCAGAUCAGUCAGCAACGCCUCUGGCAGUGCCAGCGACAGUGAUGGGGAACGCGACGAUGACGACAAUGAAGACGGCCAGGAGAGAGGAAAGAACAGCAUGAACAAGGAGUUGUUUGGAGACGACAGUGAGGACGAGCAGCACAGUCAGCGCAGCGGGAGCGACAAUCAGUCUGAGCAUUCAGGAAACCAGUCAGAUGCCAGCAUGCACUCUGAUCAGGGGGAGAACGAUCAGUCUGACGCAGAGCAGCACAGCGGCUCGGAGCACGACCAGCGAGAUGACGAUGACGACGAUGUGGGUCAGAGGUCAGAUGGAGGAAGCCCUGCAGGCAGUGGGAUGUCUGGUGCUGGGAGCCCUCGCUCUGAGAGAGGCAGCGCUCCCUCAGACAGGAGUGGCCGCAGUGAUCCAGGGACACCACAGUCCGGGCCCGGAACCCCUCACUCUCAAGUGGAAAACCAGUCUGAGGACGAGAAGUGGGAAGGUGGAGCCAAGAGUGACCAGUCAGACGAUGAGGAUGAGAAGCGUCAUUAUUCUGAGGACGAGAGAGAGAACUCGGAUGAAGAACCGAGGGACAGGAAGUCAGAGUCUCCAAAAGGCAGCGACAGUGAGGAUGACUUCAUCAGACAAAAAACGAAACCAAAACUGGCCUCUGAUUCCGAUUCAGACAGUGAUAUUGAAACUAAGAAAACAAAGAAAACUGCAGCAGAUGAUCUGUUUGGAGAAGCUGACGACAUCUCUUCCGAAAGUGAUGCGGAGAAGCCUCCCACCCCAGGACAGCCUCUGGAUGGUGAUGAUGGGAUGGAAGGAGAGCCAACAGAAGAGGAGCCUGCACCUGAAACUCGGAUUGAAGUGGAGAUUCCAAAAGUCUGCACCGACCUUGGAUCUGAGCUUUAUUUUGUUAAGCUACCUAACUUCCUGUCAGUGGAGCCCAGACCCUUUGAUCCCCAGUACUAUGAGGAUGAAUUUGAGGAUGAAGAAAUGUUGGAUGAGGAGGGCCGGACCAGGCUCAAACUAAAGGUGGAAAACACCAUCCGGUGGAGAGCAAAGAGAGACGAAGAGGGAAACGAAACACGAGAGAGCAAUGCGCGCAUUGUCAAGUGGUCUGACGGCAGCAUGUCCCUCCACUUGGGGAAUGAAGUGUUUGACGUUUACAAAGCUCCUCUUCAGGGAGACCACAACCACCUGUUCAUCCGACAGGGCACUGGACUGCAGGGACAGGCUGUUUUCAAGACCAAGCUCACAUUCAGGCCGCACUCUACGGACAGCGCCACCCACAGGAAGAUGACCCUCUCCCUGGCUGACCGCUGCUCCAAGACGCAGAAGAUCAGAAUCCUUCCCAUGGCCGGACGAGAUCCAGAGUCCCAUCGCAAUGAAAUGAUAAAAAAAGAGGAGGAGCGGCUGCGAGCUUCAAUCCGCCGAGAGUCGCAGCAGCGCAGGAUGAGAGAGAGGCAGCACCAGAGGGGCCUGAGCAGCAGCUACCUGGAGCCCGAUCGCUACGACGACGAAGAGGAGGGCGAGGAGGCAAUCAGCCUGGCAGCAAUCAAGAGCAAAUACAAGGGAGGCGGAGGCUUGAGAGAGGAGCGAGCGAGGAUCUACUCCUCAGACAGUGAUGAAGGUUCUGAUGACGACAAAACCCAGAGGCUGAUCAAGGCCAAAAAGCUGGACAGUGAUGAGGAGGGUGAGGGAUCAGGAAAGAGAAAGGCGGAGGAUGACGAAGAAGCGGCCCCCAAAAAGGCUAAGAAGUAUGUCAUCAGCGAUGAUGAGGAGGAGGAAGAAGAAGAA